AUGAGCGAAGCACUCGAACAAUGGAAAGGUAAACCGGAAGAACAGCAACUGCUUUUAAUGAAUGCGCAGUUGCACGUUUCAAAAGGCGACGUUGAUGGAGCGUUGGCAAUCCUCAAUACGGUUCAACCAGGUCAACCGAAUUAUUACGCGGCUCGAAUAAAAAUGGCCGAAAUUUAUUUGGAAGAAAAACGGGACAAGAUGAUGUUUACGGUUUGCUACAAGGAACUGUUGAAAAGCACUCCAACAGCAGCCACUUACGCCUUGCUUGGUGACGCUUAUAUGAGUGUUCAGGAGCCCGACCGAGCCAUUGAGGUGUAUGAGAUGGCGCUGAAAAUGCAAAGUAAGGACAUGGCGUUGACAGAGAAAAUCGGUGAAGCCUACGUCCUGUGCCAUCUUUACUCAAAGGCAGUAAAUUUCUACGAAUCGGUGAUGAAUUCGACGAAAGAUAAGCGAAUGCGUCUGAAACUUGCCGAUCUCCUGCAUCGACUUGGCAAUACCGAGAAAUGCAUGCGAAUUCUAAGGCAACCGCUUGAUGAAGAACCCAAUCCAACA